AUGGCUACCCCCAGUGUUCUUACCUUUGACAUUGAGGGUCGCGCUGUUGACUUUGAGGUCUGGGUCGAUGACCUCCAGCUGUUCCUCCAGUGCAAUAGGGCAGACGACCUCUUUCUGUUCGACCUCAUUUCUGGUGCCUCCCCUGCCCCGCCUGCUACUGCUGAGAGCACUGUUCGCUCACUGUGGGCGACACGCGAUGCUGCUGCCCGUCUUGCUGUGCGUCGCCACUUACCGACCAUUGAGCGUGCACACUUUAGCCAGUACAAGAGUGCUCAGACCUGGUACGACGCUGUAGUUGCACGCUACUCUUCCCCUGCCACUGCUGCACUGAGCCGCCUCAUGCUACCGUACCUCUUCCCUGACCUUGCUGCCUUUCCCACAGUCGCUGACCUCAUUACGCACCUCCGCACUAGUGACACUCGCUACCACACUGCGCUUCCUGCUGAGUUCUGCACCAAGAACCCCCCCCCCCCCCCCCCCAUGUACAUCACCCUCUACUACAUAGUCACCCGGCUCCCUGACUCUCUUCGCUUAGUCAGGGACCACUUCCUCUCAGUUUGCCCCACCACUCUCACCGUUGACCUCCUCGAGGAGUGCCUCCUAGCAGUAGAGAAGAGCAUAGUAGCUGUAGGAGCCUCUCGUGGUGACCCUCGCACCCCCGUCUUUGGGGGGUGUUCCCCCUCCCCCCUCUUGCCCUCUUCUGCUUCUGUUGGCGCUGCCGACCUCGUUGGUUUCUACGGGGUCGGCGCCGCGUCUGCCCCUAGCGGGAGACGCCGCAUCAGCAAGGGCAAGGGGGGCAAGGGAGUUGGAGGGGCUAGUGGGGGCGGUGGAGGUAAUGGUCGAGGCAGUGGAGGGAGUGGGGGUGGUGGUGGGAGUGGUGGCGGGGGUGGCGGCGGCGGUGGAAGCCGUGGAGGCGGAGGAGGAGGUAGUGGUGGCAAAGGGAGCGGAGGUGGCGGAGGUGGCGGAGGAGGCGGAGGUGGCGAAGGCGGCGGCGGCGGCGGCUGUGGAGCGGGUUGCGACUCUGCGCAGAGGAGUGGGUCCGGUGGUGGUCCGCGCCAGCAGCAGCAGCGCGGUCGUGAGACCCUGUCCCCUCAGCAGCUUCGUGAGUGGUACGCUGCGCGUCAGCGCGGUGGGGGUACUAGUCCCUGCACUUACGUCCUCCGUACCGGCGACCGAGCUGGCUGA